AUGAAGCUAAUAAAAAACGGCGCGUGUUUGGAAAUUGCUACUUGUGUUACUUUACUGGUUUUGCUGCAGUCUGCCAACGACAGAGUAAGGACAGACAGUCUGUUAGCAGCCGGUAUGGAGGACGCAUUCACGCUCAUCGUUUUAACACUGUUACAACUAUGUCGAGCCGAGAUAUCAAACACAGAAUGGUACGCGGCAAACUUGAUAAACGAUCCAAAUUACACGCCAAAGCCUAUAACUGAAAUAUUCACUACUGACUUAACUUUUAUACCGAAAAAUCCAGCAAUUUCUACACAAAUAAGUCCAAGGGAAACAACUUCGCCGGCGAUCUCAACUACAGUAACUACAUCAACUACACCUUCUAUUACAACAACACAAGAAGUUGUGACAGAACAAGCCCCACAAAUUGUACAAGUCAUUCCGCAGCAACAAGACAUUUUUCGACCAAAUACUAACGUACCUACGUUCGUAUUAGUUUACGAUCCUAGACAGCAAACAAAUCAAUUAUUUCAACAACCAAUAGUUACAUCUGCCCCAGUCCAAAGUAUCACACAAGUUGCUACAGAAGAAGUGACUACAGCUUCUGUGACAGAAACGUCGUCUACGACUACAUCGACCCCAUCUCCUCCAACUUCUACUCAACAAACUACGGAAGGACCUACGAUUGUUUUACGUCAAAAUCAAAACCCAUCAAAUUUGCCAAUAAUACCAAUUGGUUUAAUACCUAGCAGUUGGAAUGGUAACACGGUUGUUCCAAUAUCAAACAUCCCUAUAAUCAAUACAAGUUCUGUCUCGGCACCACCGGCCAACAAUACUCAAUUGCCUCAAACGAUACGACCUGAAACUCGAAGGCCCUUGCUAACUGUGCGGGUGAAAUCUGCUAAGGGUUCUAUAACGAAUAUUAAAAUAAACCCCACAACAACCACUAGAAGACCUACAACAACAAGAAGACGCAAGUCAAACAGGAGAAAGAACGAUUACGAAACAUGUUUAGAUUCUUGCAAUGGUAGAAAAGAGCCAAUUUGUGGUAGCCCGAUGGGGGUGUUCCCCAUCGAUCCUGACCGAUUGAAAGGGUUCGCGUCGUUAUGUCACAUGGCAUGCCAUAAUUCAUUCAGAAGAGAUCAAAUAUUUGACAAAGUGGCCGACGGUCGUUGCGGAAGAUUACGAACACGAAUUCGACCUUUAGACAAAGACAAAUUAAACAGAGAAGAUUUGAAUAAGGCCCAAUACACAAUAACGCACAAUGCUCCAGAGACUGUUAUGGAAUUUUCACCUGUAAAACGU